UGCAGUGUAGCCCUGGAUGGAGCAUCAGUAGCAUCAGCUGGGAUGCAGCGCUCGGGCGGGCACUAGGCUGGAGCACAAGGAGGGGAAAAGCCGCCGCCGCCGCUUCUCCUUCUGGCUGGGCAGUGCCUGAAUCUCCUGUCGCCCAUCUCUGCUCUUUUGUGGUGUAGACGGGACCUGGGAGUCCUACAGCCAGGGCCCCCCCGAUGCGGGGUGUUGGAGGAGACACUGUCCCCAGUAGGUUAUUCAUGAUAUCACCCCUCCAAACUGGACCCAGAAGCUAGGGCAGAGAUUGGAGCUUCGACAUUGGGCACUGACAGCUGCUCCUCUCCCUUGGCAGCUGCAUCGCGCACCAGCUCCAACUUCGUGAUUAAGGCUGUGAAGUGACCAUGGGGAAGCAGAAUAGCAAACUGCGUCCAGAGAUGCUCCAAGACCUGCGGGAGAACACAGAGUUCUCGGAUCUGGAGCUGCAGGAGUGGUACAAGGGCUUCCUCAAGGACUGUCCCACCGGCAUCCUGAACGUGGAGGAGUUCAAGAAGAUCUAUGCCAACUUCUUUCCCUACGGCGACGCCUCCAAGUUUGCCGAGCACGUCUUCCGCACCUUCGACACCAACGGGGACGGCACGAUCGACUUCCGAGAGUUCAUCAUCGCCCUCAGCGUCACCUCCCGGGGCAAACUGGAGCAGAAGCUCAUGUGGGCCUUCAGCAUGUAUGACCUGGAUGGUAACGGCUAUAUCAGCCGGGAGGAGAUGCUGGAGAUCGUGCAGGCCAUCUACAAAAUGGUUUCCUCGGUGAUGAAGAUGCCUGAGGAUGAAUCGACUCCAGAGAAGAGAACGGAAAAAAUCUUCCGACAGAUGGAUACUAAUAAUGACGGCAAACUCUCACUGGAAGAGUUCAUCAAAGGUGCCAAGAGCGAUCCCUCGAUUGUGCGGCUGUUGCAGUGCGACCCCAGCAGCGCCUCGCAGUUCUGAGCCCUCCUGAGGGGAGUGGGGGAUGGGACCCAUCCUUUCCAGAGAGCACUACCAAGACACCUGACCUCACGAAAUCACCGGCUCCGCCAUGGAGGCCAGCUUCCCAUAAUCCUCUGGGUGAACGGACAUGCUCCCAUGAAACGACAGCACGGCCACUGUUUUCUCAACUCAUCCAUCCUGCUUCCCUCAUGCUGAGUCCGUAGCCACGUCCUUGGGAACGUUCAGCAGGUUCUGGGGCUUUCGGGGCGGGUGGGGAGGCAGACAGAACAGGAGCCAGCCUGCUGGAGGGAGCACAGGGCCUGGGUCAGCGUUGUCCUCCGGGGGUCCCUGGGAGGUGGGGCGGGCCUUGGUCGCCUUGCUCAGUAUCUCUGCCUUGUGAGGUUGGCCAAUGCAGCCGGGGCCUUGCAGCGUUCGCUCCCCUGGCUGGGUUGCUGCAGUCUGCAUGGGAAGUGGCAGCAGGGAGAAAUAACUGCCCCUCUUUCAAGCUCUGCCCCUCCACAGGGGGAAGGAGGAGCUGCUCAUCUCAGCCCACAACCCAUCGGCUGCACCAGCAGCCUGUGGUACCCUGAAGGGGGGGCCUAAGCUCACAGUCUCCCCUCCCCGCAGCAGGAACACAGGCAGGUGCUCUUACCCCUUCACUGCCCCCCACAUGCCAGCCCUGCAAAAUGGGAGGGAUGAAGCCGCUGCAGGGCCAGCAGGUAGCUAUAGUGAAGAGCCACUUCACUGGGUCAGGCUGCGCUCCAGGCUGCCUCUUCGUGUUUCCCCUGAGGACUGACUGGUGUGUUGGGGGCACAACCCCUGGGCACACGCGUAGGGCAGUAGAGAGGGCCUGGCCCUCCCUUCUCGAGACGGUCGCCGUAGGCGAAGCUAGUGGGAACAGGCUGGUGUCUCUGCAGCUAGUAGCGAGUGUGGGGUGGGAGACUCCAGCUAGGGCUGUAGGAGCACAAACGGAGCUGGGUAUUUUCCCCGUGCAGCUCGGGAGAGGCCCUCCCGGCUGAACACGGCCCUCGCUUUUAGCUUCUGCCAGGAUUUUCCAUGGAGUCAGCCCCCGAAAGCUCAGCAGCGAGCGCCAGAGCAAGCCAAGGCCCUGGCUUCUGCCAACCGCGGGUGCACAGCAGGGGCCGGGGCCGGGGCCUUUCUUCAGCCAUGGGGCCCUGCAGAGGCUAAAACUGGGGGCUUAGGGAAGAAGCUUGAUGGGGAAAGGUCAGUCAGCAACGGGAGGGGCUCUGGCCCCUGCCCCAGAGCGGCUCAUUCAGGGGCUGAAGGGGGCGGGGGGGAGUAAUCUGCCUGCACAGGGGACUUGCCCUCACUGCUGGUGUCUGAAGGAGUUAAGCAAAAUGAAUUCCCAACACAGCUGGGGGUGCUGGCAGAACGGAGCCAUGGCAGAUCCUCUCUUACUGAGCCAGACGUUGGACUGCCUGCCCUCUCCCCCCCAUCCACAGCUGGCUGCGUAGAGGAGGACACCUCCCCUGACAGUGUCCUGGGUGGAAGGGGAUACGCCCCCCCUCUACAGCCUGCCCCAGCUGGGGGGCAGGGGCUGAGUAAGUCCCAAGGGGGAAGGAGAGAGUCAGUGGUAGCAGCCUCAGCCCUUGGGCUACCCCCCCACCUGAUUGUAGCCUCCCACACUUAGCACAGAUGGGGGGCAGCCCUGAGGACCCCAGCGUACACAUUAAAGGCCACUGCUGUCUGUCACAUGAUUUUGUUCAUCAGCAUUUUGGUCUGGCUGCACACAGAUCCCCUUGGCAAGGGGACGGGGGGGUUCAGCAGGGCCCCCCCCACUUAACACAGAGGCAGAAGCCCCACGUCUCAGGCAAGGCUCUGUCAGCACAGCCCCACAACCCCCCCACCCGACCCCACCAACGCUCUCAGCCCAGGCUGUGGAAAUCAACGUGUCCCGGUGUGCUCACGCACCCUUCAAAGCAGACGCUCGCUCGUCCCUUCCAGUAACGAGGGGAGUGCAUGGGGUGGGGGGGUUGCUUUUGUUCUUUUAAUAUCUUCAGAAUAAAGUUUUGUCUCCGUGCA